AUGACAAAGUUCUUCCAGCACAUCCUAGCCUUGGCAUUUGCAGUUAAUGAAAUCAAUGAAGAUCCUAAGAUCUUGCCCAAUGUCACUCUUGGCUUCCAUAUCUAUGACAGCUGUUCUAGUGCCAAGCUGACCUAUCGAGUCAUUCUGGACCUGCUCUUCAAAUCACAGGCAUUUAUCCCAAACUACAGGUGUGGCAUCCAGAGCCAUCUCAUUGGAGUUAUUGGAGGUUUUGAUUCUGAAAUUUCCUCAUGUGUGGCAGACAUCUUAGGUCUCUACAAGACUCCACAGGUUUCUUAUGGUUCAUUUCAACCAAGAAUGAGUGAUCAAACGGAUGUCCCUUUCUUUUAUCGCAUGGUCCCUAAUGAAGAUCUUCAGAAUUGGGGAAUUGUCCAAUUACUUCUGCAUUUUGGAUGGAAAUGGGUGCCUCCUUCCUCUCUCUGCAAUGAUAAGUGUUAUCUCGGCUACAGAAAGAAAAAGAAGGAGGGGGAGACAUUCUGUUGCUACGAUUGUGAGCCAUGUCCCAAAGGGAAGGUUGCAAACCAGACAGAUAUGAAUGACUGCAUCAGCUGCUCAGAAGAGGAAUAUCCAAACCAGGGAAGAGAUGGUUGCAUUCCCAAAGUUCAAAGCUUCCUUUCCAUUGACGAAUCUUUGGGCAUCAUUUUAGCUUUUUUGUCUCUUUUCCUAUCUCUGGUGACAGCAUUAGUACUUGUAGUCUUUCUCAAGCAACGGCACACCCCCAUUGUCAAAGCCAACAACCAAACCCUGAGCUACUCGCUCCUCACAUCUCUGUGUCUUUGCUUCCUUAGCUCUUUGCUAUUCCUUGGGAAGCCCAAUAAGACGACUUGUCUUCUUCGACAAACAGCAUUUGGCAUUCUCUUCUCCACUGCUGUGUCUUCUGUUUUGGCCAAAACCCUUGUCGUGGUUGUGGCUUUCAUGGCUUCCAAGCCAGGAAACAUUUUCCACAAAUGGGUGGGGAGAAGGUUGGCACAUUCUGUUCUUUGGGGCUGUUCCCUUGUCCAGGUAGGCAUUUGUGCUGCUUGGCUGGCAACGUCUCCUCCCUUCCCAGACUCCAACAAGCAUUUGAUCAUGGAAGAAAUUGUGGUGGAAUGUAAUGAAGGGUCAGUUGCCAUGUUUUACUGUGUCUUGGGCUACAUGGGCUUUCUCUCUCUCGUCAGCUUCACAGUGGCCUUCCUAGCCAGGAAAUUGCCUGACGGUUUCAAUGAAGCCAAGUUCAUCACCUUCAGCAUGUUGGUCUUUUGCAGCGUUUGGGUCUCCUUUGUCCCAACUUACCUGAGCACCAAAGGAAAAUUUAUGGUAGUUGUGGAAGUCUUUUCCAUUUUGUCCUCUGGUGCAGGGUUACUGGGCUGCAUCUUCUUCCCCAAAUGCUACAUUAUAUUGUUGAGGUCCGAUUUGAACAACAGGAAACAACUUGUAAGGAGGAGAAAUGAUUAUAAUACAGGUUAA